AUGGAAUCCACUUACAGCCUUUCCGACAGCGAGACAACAGAGGACCUCACCGCCUUCACCGCCGACGAAGUCCUCGACGUCAUCAUCAUCGGCGCCGGCCCCUGCGGCCUCGCCAUCGCCGCCCGCCUCCACGAAGACACCCCCGCCGCCCUCUUCACCGACGAAGAGCACCGGCGCUACGUCUGGCUCCGGCGCCACGGCGCCAACGUAAGCCUCAAGAACGCCAAGACGGGCAAAGUAUCCGCGGCGGCGAGCAGCGCCCAGAGAAGCGCGGACCGGACGUACCGCGCGGGCAGCUACGAGCGGGGGUCGGUCGCGGGGGCGUACGGCAUCUCGCACCUGCGCAGCCCGAUGCAGUGGCACGUGGACCCGGCGGAUCGGGAUUCGCUGCUGGCGUUUGCGCACGGGGCGCAGAGGCAGGAUGAGUUGGUGGAGAUCAAGGGGUGCGUGGGCAAGGAGAUUAGCAAGCAUAAGAAGAAGGCGAGGAUGGGUGUGCGGCCGAGCUUCCAAGACGCACAGCAGAAUCGGGACAUCAACGAACGCGACCGAGCCGACUACUUCACCCCAUCGCGCGAACUCUUCCGCGAACACUGCGAAGACGUAUGCAACCGAUACCGCCUCGACGAAAACCUCGUCCACCAAGAAACGGUCCUCGACAUCACCUACGGCCCCGUGCGCGGCGUCUCCAUCGACGACGAGCCCCUCUUUACCAUCACCACCAACCAACGCACCUGGCGCGCCCGCACCGCCAGCUGCCACAGCUUCCACGUCGACCGCGUCCCGGACCCCGUGGUGCGCGCGCGCAUCGCCGCCGGGGCGCGCACCAACGUGCUCGUCGUCGGAGGCGGGCUCACGGCGGCGCAGAUCGCCGACCUCGCGGUGCGGCGCGGCGCGGCCAAGGUGUGGCUCUUCAUGCGGGGGCCUUGCAAGGUCAAGGCGUUUGACGUGGACUUGUCCUGGAUGGGCAAGUAUCGUAAUGCCGAGCACGCGCGGUUCUGGACGGCGGAUUCGGACGCGGAGCGCUAUAAGCUUUGCCGAUGCGCGCGGGGGCGGUAG